GCAAGUUCUACGAAGGACGAUUUUAUUCGAGGCGCUUAAACGGUCGAUUUCACGUUUGAUAUACGCCGGGAAAAAGAACCAGUGGUUAUAACGAUAUCGAUAACUCAGCAUCGUCGACGCUGGCCUGCGACUUCUGAGAUUAAUCAACUGCUUCCAACUGUAGUGUGGUGAGAAUUUGCAUCACGCUACCAUAUACUUCGAGACCCGACCAACUUAAACUAAUACUCGAUCGACGAAAAACAUCAAAAUGCCGCCAAAGAAGGACAAGGGUGGUGGCGGCAAGAAGCCGUCUGCCACCAAGGUUGUGGAAGACCGAACCUUUGGUAUGAAGAACAAGAAGGGCGCUUCCGCGCAAAAGCAGAUUGCCCAGAUGACUUCCAACUUGAAGAACAGUGGAAGCGCCGAAGAAAAGCGCAAGCAGGCAGAUAAGCUGGCGAGAGAGAAGGAGAAGGCGGCCGCUGAAGCAGCGAAGCGUGAAGUGGCAGAACUUCUGAACCGCCCGGUACAGAUUCAAAAAGUUCCCUUUGGCGUUGACCCGAAAACGGUUGUAUGCAUCUUCUUCAAGAAGGGAGACUGUGAGAAGGGUCGCAAAUGCAAGUUUGCACACGACUUGUCUGUUGAGCGCAAGACCGAGAAGAAGAACCUCUACACAGACGCUCGCAAGGACGAGGAGGAGCAGAAGAAGGCUGAGACUGCCGCGGAUUGGGACGAAGAAAAGCUUCGAUCCGUCGUCUUGUCCAAAAAGGGCAACCAAAGAACAACAACAGACAAGGUCUGCAAGUUCUUCAUCACAGCUAUCGAGGAUGGCAAAUACGGUUGGUUCUGGAUAUGCCCCAACGGUGGCGACAAGUGCAUGUACCAGCAUGCUCUUCCUCCUGGCUUUGUGUUGAAGACCAAGGAACAGCGAGCAGCCGAAAAGGCGCUGAUGGACAAGUCGCCAUUGAAGACGCUGACACUAGAGGACUUCUUGGAGUCGGAGCGCCACAAGUUGACCGGCAACCUGACACCAGUUACACCAGAGACUUUUGCUAAAUGGAAAAAGGAGCGUCUCGACAAGAAGGCUGCCGAAGAGCAGGCUCGCAAGGCCAAGGACAACACUGGUCGUGCGCUCUUCGAGAGUGGCAAGUGGCGCGACGACGAGGACGCGGACUCAGACGACGACGACGACACGUGGAACUUGGCCAAGCUGCGAGAAGAAACACUUGCUCUGCGUGACAAGAAGGAAGAAGAGCGUCUGGCGACCCUUCAUGAGAUUCCCGGAGUAUCUGUGGCUGUUGCACCUGUUGCUGCCGCGGAUGAUGAUGCGGACGCCGGUGAGGAGUCGUGAAGGACUGGAGAUGCUGAUUCCAAAGUAUAAACCAUAACAGGCCCGUGAGGCCAAGACCAGAGCGUCGAAAGAGACGGAUGCAUAUUUGGGGUGAUGUAAGAAAAGAAUGACACACCUGUGGCGCUCUGUCGACGAUGUAACGAGAUGUGCUCGAACCUAAAAGUAUUCGUUUGUGUGCGUUGGGCCGUGCGAGGUAGCGCGUAACGGCUGAUGAAUGAAGCAGGCUAAUGCCCUGUAUGAUUGAAGGAGAUUGGAGUACAUUACAUCUUACAAUAUUUACCAAGCAUAACUUUU